AUGUCCGAGAAGAAGAUAGAGCAAUGGGAAGUCGAGCGAUACUGGGAAAUCUUCUCGUCGCUAUCUAACGGCCAACCACGACUCAACAACGCACAAGCGGCCACCGUUCUACGGAACAGUCGACUACGGGAUGACCAGCUGGAGCGAGUAUGGGAUCUGGCAGACGUGGACGGAGAUGGGGAGCUGGAUUUCGAGGAGUUUUGCGUGGCGAUGAGACUUAUCUUUGACCUCGUCAACGGGGAGUAUAACGAUGUACCCUCUGCUCUACCAGACUGGCUGGUUCCCGAAUCAAAGGCACAUCUUGUUCAAGCGAGCCGAGCGCUGACCGGCACACAACCGCAAUUCGAGAGAGUAGAGGAGGACGAUGAUACCCCUGGACUGAAGGAUGGGUUCGACUGGUACAUGGCCCCCCAGGACAAGGCCAAAUAUGAGGAGAUAUACUCGGCCAACAAGAACCAUCGAGGAGAGAUUGCAUUCUCCUCGCUACAAGACCUGUACGACUCCCUCUCAGUGCCGGACACAGAUAUCCGCUCUGCCUGGAACCUCGUUAACCCAUCUGCCUCCUCAACCAUCUCUAAAGACGCAGCACUUGCCUUCCUCCACAUUCUAAACAACAGACACGAGGGCUAUCGCAUCCCCCGCAACGUCCCCGCCUCCCUACGCGCCUCCUUCGAGUCUAACAAGAUCGACUACCAGCUUGAUAACGUUCGCACGGCCAAGAAAUGGGGGGUCUCCAGCAACGAUGACACAAGUACGGGCCGCAAGGCGAAGUUUGGAGACGCAUAUCUAAGCCGGCUAGGUGUGGGUGGGAAAUCCAGCUACCAACCCCAGGGCACAGAUUUCAGUAAUACCAUACAAGACGAAGAGUGGGAGAAGGUCCGUCUACGGCGAGAACUAGCGGAGCUGAAUAAAAAGCUUGAAUCCGCUAAUGCGGCAGCGGAAGCAAGAAAAAACGGUACAAGAACGAGGACAGAUGGGCCGAAUUGGGCGUUAAUCAAAAAGGAGGCUCUACAGAUGUUGGAGUACAAGGAACGUGAGCUGCGGGAACUAAGAGAGGGGACUGGUCGAGUUAGUGAAGGGGAGAACCUCGAGAGAAUUCGGGCUGAUGUCAAGGCCGUUGAGGAACAAGUCGAGGGUCUCAAAGCCCAUCUAGCAAAGCGUAAUGAAGUUCUGUCAGAUUUGCGUGACCAAGUCCAAGAGGCGAAACGGUCUCGAUAG